CACUCGCCUCCUCGUGUCACGUGAGCUGCCGUGCACGGGAUCCGACUUCCUGACCAUUGCAGAGGGAGAGAAAUUGGAUUGGAUAGUUUGGACAUUUGGAGCACUUCCUGCUUUCCUUCCCAAAGCCUCAAACCAUGCAGCUCGGGGUGUUGAGUGGCAAGGUGGCAAUGGUCACUGCCUCUACCCAAGGGAUUGGACUAGCUAUUGCCCGGCGCCUAGCCCGGGACGGAGCCCAGGUUGUGAUUAGCAGUCGCAAGAAGGAAAGUGUUUGCAAUGCGGUGGGACAGUUGCAGGCGGAGGGUCUUUCUGUUUCAGGCACUGUCUGCCAUGUGGGCAAGAGGGAGGAUUGCGAGGCCCUGGUCAGCGAGACGCUGAAGCGCCACGGAGCCAUCGACAUCCUGGUGUCCAACGCUGCAGCCAAUCCCUUUGCAGGGAAGGCCCUUGACUGCUCUGAGGAAGCCUGGGACAAAACUUUCGAGAUAAACGUGAAAGCAGCUUUCCGCCUAUCCAAGCUGGUUGUGCCAUACAUGGAGCAACGAGGCGGUGGCUCCAUUGUGCUGGUGAGCUCUGCUGCUGGCUACCAGCCCUUCGCUACAAUUGGGCCCUAUAGUGUCAGUAAGACGGCUCUCCUGGGCCUAACCAAAGUAUUAGCCACUGAAGUGGCCCCUGCCAACAUCCGCGUUAACUGCUUGGCCCCAGGCAUCAUCAAGACAAAGUUCAGCUCUGCAUUAUGGUCGGAUGACAGCUUGCGCCAAGAGUCUGAGGGAACUAUCGCCAUGCGCCGGAUUGGGGAGCCAGAGGAGUGUGCUGGCACAGUCUCCUUUCUCUGUUCACAGGAUGCAGCAUACAUCACUGGGGAGACAAUAGUAGUAGCUGGAGGUUUACACUGUCGUCUUUAAACUAAUGUUUGGGCUAUAGGAAUAUUUUCCCCAACUUUCAUUUCAGUUGCCUUCCAGGCAUAUUCAUGCUUCUCUCAUGUUUAUAACAUUCUGCUUGUCUUAAAAAAACACAAAUGCAUUUUUGUACACCUACACCAAUCCUUCACUCUCAACCCCUUCAAAUCAAUGCCUCUAUAAUCCUGAGAUUCCUCAAUCCACUUGUUCUGAGCAUUUGAAUUUCCUCACCUCUUCCAUUGUUGGCUGUGCCUCCAAUUGUCUAACUUCUGCAAUUCCCUCCCCAAAACUCUUUUCUUCUUACUCUUUCAUUAAGAUGCUCAUCAAUACCUACUUUUGAAUGGCUUCUCCUGAUAUCAUCUUGGGAGUGGCAGGGGUAGGUUAAUUAAUUUUAUCUGAUAUUUUGUCCUGUGAAAUAUUGCCUGAGAUUUUACAAUGUUAAAG